AUGCUCAAAAAGAUGAUGUUCAUAGUUAUCAGCAUCUUCUUGCUUGAAUCCAUCAACGCGGCAACUCCAAAUUCCAAUGGUUUCGAUAGGGAACAACUGAAUUUCAUCAACGGAUUGAACAUUCAACGACACAACUUUGCGAAUCACACAGUCAAUAUGCAAAAAUUGGUCUGGAACAAAAAACUACAAGAUAUUGCUGAACAGCAUAGUCUAUCAGCUCUUCAAAGUAACGGUUGGCGUAUCGUGGUGGCUACCAAUUACACAAAUGGUGCCCAGAAUCUUUAUGACAUAGCGAUUUGGUUUCUCAAGGAUUCUUGUCCAAAGAAAGAAGAAGACCGGCACCUGGAAUCAAAAUUUUUCGAGCACCUAAACCCAUUGCAAACUAUAAUUGGAUGUGCUAAAAAAACAGAAAAUGAGUUGCUAAAAGGUUACACGGUAAUGUGCUUGCUUAGUCCAAGCGGGGAGCUGUCACUUCCGAGCUGCGCUCCAUUUGAAUCAAGCUGUGCAAACGGCUUUGAAUAUAAAGACGGAUUUUGCUCGAAUUCUGAUCUACCAGACUCCGAUCAAUUGAUGUUUAUCAGUGCGUUGAAUGAGAAGAGACGACAAAUUGCAACUGAACAGCAUAUCGCGAACAUGUAUGAGAUGGUUUGGAAUAAAACUCUGCAUGAAAUCGCAUUGGAUAUUGAAAAAAGAUACAACUCACUGUCAUCUGAAGACAAAAAAUGGAUGCUCCUUCUCUAUUUACAAUUGGAGGAUGGAUUAGAAUAUCGUCCUAACGGACGGUUUUAUUGGGAUCAAUUUCAUCCGUUACAAAGAGAAAUUGCGUGUGUGACGCUUGGUAAACAGUGGAAUACGGGCUACAAUUAUUUGUGUUUGCUGGGUCCAGAAAUCGAGAUAAUAAAAAAGGCUGAAAGUCUUCCAGUAUCCCAAUGUGACCCCAACUAUGUGAACAAGAACAACUUGUGCUCCCUUGCCAAAACACCCGAGACACCCACCCCACCUCCAGAAUCACAAGUUCUAACGCCAUCCACCGAAUCGCCGGUAUGCAAUCCGACUGAUACCGUCACUUCUGGAACUACACAACCUCCAGUAACACGAUACACAACCGAGAAAUUGACACCAGAGCCACCGCCACAAGUUCCAAAAGAGUUGGAGGAUUAUGAAGAGCUUGAUGGUGACGAGUACGAUCCAGAUUUUCCGACAGUCCCUCCUCGUAAAUAUUAUUUUUAUUAG